UAUGAUGGGCGAUGAUCGGUGCUUGUCGGCGUUACUUAGACGCGGUGAAAAUGGCGUCUAUAUUGAAGAUGACAUUAAUGGAUGGACUCCUGUUCACUAUGCGUCUUUCUAUGGACAGUUAGAAUGUCUUAUGAUACUUCAUAGUCAUGGAACACAUCACGACAGCCCAACAAUUAGACUUAGACAAACUCCUGCUCAUAUGGCUUCUCUCUCUGGCAAGAUCUCCUGCCUAAAGUGGCUCCUGGGUCUGGGAAUAGCAAUUAACAGAGAGGACUACCUGAGUGAAACUGUCCUUCAUAAAGUUGCUCGAGGAGGAAAUACAGAGUGCGCCAUGUUUUUAAUUUCUCAAGGAGCAGAUAGAUCAUUGCGUAAUAGCGCUGGAUUGACACCUGCAGAGUUAGCUGCAAACAUGAACCACCAGGAAUGUUUUAUGGUCUUGGACCAAUGUGACACUGAUGUUAACGAUAUAUAUAUGGAGAGAGAUUUUCAAUCUCGGAAAAGAAAGAAGUAUACUGAUUUCUUGUACACAGGUUUUAAUGAAUUUAUCAAAAGGUCAAAAAUAGAUCUCCCAUCUGACAAUUCAAAUCCUUCUCAACUUGACAGUUUCAAUAGAGUCCUUCUUCCUUCUGAUAAUAAGGAUUUAUGGGAGGAGAGAGAUGAUUUCGGAGCUGUUUUCUUCUGA